UAGAAUAUCAUAGUACAAUACUAUCUAAGUCGUGUUAAAAUUAAUUAAAUUCAUAUUUAAUUUGUAAAUAAUCAUAUAUAAUGGAAUUUGUAUCAUAUACAAAUCAUGUAUAAGUUUAACAGAUUCGUGUUGUGUUAACCUCGACUUGACCCAUUUAAUUGACCUUUUUGACGUAUCUAAUUUAAUGUUGUUUGUUCUUUUGAUGGUUUUGUGUUGUCAUUGUAAUUGUAAUACAGAAACAGUCAUUUUUAUGAACAUGCAGGUUCACAUAACGCAAGGAGAUCAUGUAGGUCGGGGUGUGAUCAUAUCAUGGGUGACGCCAUUAGAGAGACACCCCAAUGUAGUGACCUAUUGGGAAGAUGGCAAACAAGAUGAAAAGCACAAGAUUCAUUCUAUAACCACUUUUUACAGAUACUACAAUUAUUCCUCUGGCUAUAUUCACCAUGCCACUAUCAAAAAAGUAAAUGAAGAAUAUACUCCUUUCAAGCCAUAUAUGCAUAGGUACCAUGUACCCUACAGGGCAUCCCAGAGUACAUCCCCCCUUUGGUAUUCUAUUAAGCGUGCAUCGGCAUAUAUCAUUGUGUUAUCUUCUUACUCUGCCUAUGGUAAAUAUACUCCACAAUACAAAUGGCUUAAGCAAGAGCUCUCCAAGGUUAACAGGGCCGAGACACCAUUGCUAAAUUAUUCUCGUUCACUCUCCGUGGUAUAACAGUAACAACUACCAUUUUAUGGAAGGAGAAAGCAAGAGGGUAAUGUAUGACCCUUGGUUGGUUCAGAACAAAGUUGAUCUGGUAUUAGCAGGCCAUGUUCAUUCCUACGAGCGUUCCGUGAGGAUCAGGAGGAGGAGUAAGUCCUCGAAUAGACAAGGAAUUAGAAGAAUCGAAGAUUUAUUUUAUUGAACGAAAAUCGAAUGUGCAGUAUAACGUAACAGAUGGACUAAGCACUCCUGUUAAGGAUACUUCUGCUCCAGUUUACAUAACAAUUGGCGACGGGGAAAUAUAGAAGGCAUGGCUGAUAGGUGAGACACCUUCAUCCUCUCAAGUACACAAUCUCCAUCUGCCAUUACAGUUACUUAUAGUUAGAACUUUUUGUUUUGUGUCGUUUUAUGGACCCACAACCAAGU